GAUAUCUGCAACAUAAUAAAAAAUACAAUUAUAACAAAAAACUUUCAUGUAUUUACACUUAUCAUCAACACUAAAUAAUAUUUCUGAUUUUACAGAAAAAGCUUUAAGGAAAAAAUGGAAGAAUAUUCGGGACCAAUUUAUGAAAGAAGUUAAGAAAAUUCCGGUUUCUCGUUCUGGUGAUGCUGGAACAGAUCAAAUCACUUCAAUGUGGCCAUAUUUUCAAAUGAUGCUGUUCAUAAAAGAUGACGUUACCCCAGAAAUAAAUGAAGGCAAUUUAGAUGAAUGUACUGAAGAAAACUGCAAUAAUAAUGAUGAUGAUGAUUAUGAGCGGUCCUCGACUCCCCAAUCCAUAGCUGGUACAUCUUCAAGUACACAAUAUACGAGCACCAAACGCAAACGUGCACAAGAUCUAAGACAGGAAUUUAUGGAAUUGGAGAAGAAAAAAUUGGAUUUAUAACAACUUAAACUGUCACAAGGCGAAAGACAAGAACAAGAAUGCGAAGAUCUAUUAUUUUUUAAAAGUUUGUUGCCGUACAUGAAAGAAUUAUCUCCGAUGCAAAAACUACGUGCCAGAAACAAUAUUACGAAAGUUAUUAUGGACGAAAUGAAUAAUAGCAUGACUCAGUCUUACCAUGGAUACAAUACAUACGAUUAUAACACAACUAAUUAUGGAAAUUAAAAUUUGUAUAAUUGAUAACUAUAAAUAUUAAUUAAAAACUAAAAUA